ACCAAACUAACCGCAACCAAAAGAAAAGAAAAAGAAAGAAGCAGAAGACGUAGCGUAUUUCUAUUUUCUCCUUGUUGUGUCUGUCUGUGACUACUUACUGACCUCUUUCAGCGUCUGCUCUGCUCUGGGCGUGAGCUAUCGAGUGAGUGAGUGAGUGAGUGAGUGUUGAGAGAGAUGGAGGGUGCAAUAGGCGGAGUCAUAUUCCAUCACUCUCUCCUUCUCCACGAUGCCAUCCCCAACCCCGCCGCUGACUCCCUCCUCCGUAAGCUCCGCCAUUCUGCCAUUCCUACGGCAAUUUCUCAUGAACCUGGUAUUUCAUCUGACAAGAUGAAUCUGCUUAAAAAUAUGGCAACACUCUAUUCCAUGGAUUGCUUUUCAUUGGACCCAUCUUCAUCUCCACUAGACGAUGCGGUCAACGAGAUUAUGCUAGCUUGGCAUCAUGUUAGAGGAACUAUUUUGCUUCUGCUCGCUGAUGAUAAGAAGGAAGUUUUUCAUAAACCCGCCAAUUGUAAUUGGCACAUCGUUGGUUUAACUGUUGAAGGUGCUAGCCCAUGUGAAGGUUUGGGCAUUAAUAAGAUCAACAGAUUGGAGGAAUUACCUUUGACUAUUUGCCGCAUAAAUAGAAAGGCAGUUGGAGACAAUGUUGUGACCGUAGGUUAUAUUAUGAAGCCUUCACGUGAAGAAGAUUUUGCUAAGAGGGGCGCAUUCCCUAUGUAUCCUACACAUAAUGGGUUAAUUUUCCUUCCCCUCACAUUUGACCUCCCUCUUACACCUCAACUACAAGAAGCUGAUAUCGUUCUUCAUAAAGCAACAGAUGAAAUCGUAUCUAUUGAAUUGGGGGACUCUGCAGAAUAUCCAAAUAAAAUAACUUACACCACAGGCAUGGAGGAACUGAAAAUAUAUAUGGAUCAUCACGUAGAAUAUUGUGUGAUUGACCCACUUAGUAACAUUUACCCUGUAUUGGAUCGGUUAAAAAUUCAACAUAUUCUACUUGGGCUGGAAGAUCUCAAAGGCGCAAGUGGCCAUUUAAUCAGGGGUCCUCAUUUUCUUAAGCUGGAGCUAAAAAAAAUUCAGGUUGAUGAUUAUAAGGAGCUUUCUCUCAUUCAAAGGCUAUCUGAAGCUAAACUAUCUCUUCCAUGUAUAGUGAAACCUCAAGUUGCUUGUGGUGUAGCUGUUGCUCAUAAUAUGGCAAUUGUUUUUAAAGUGGAAGACUUUAAAGACCUGAAAGUUCCUCUUCCAGCAGUUAUUCAGGAAUAUGUUAAUCAUUCAUCCAUUCUCUAUAAAUUCUAUGUCUUGGGUGAGAAAGUAUUUUAUGCAGUCAAAAAGUCUACACCAAAUGCCGAUAUCUUGAUAAAAUUAUUCGGUAGUCAUGAUCUCAAACCUCUAGUGUUCGAUAGCUUAAAAUCUCUUCCCACUGCAACUGGAAACCCUCAUUCUGAUAGUGAUAGCUCAAAGGGCAAUAAUAAUAAUGAUCACAUUGAUGAAGAGUUGGUCACAGAGGCUGCAAGGUGGCUCAUGAGAAAUCUUGGUCUGACCAUCUUUGGUUUUGAUGUUGUUAUUGAUGAAGACAGUGGCGAUCAUGUGAUUGUGGAUGUGAAUUACUUACCAUCAUUCAAAGAAGUACCUGAUGAAGUGGCCAUACCUGCGUUUUGGAAUGCCAUCAAGAGCAAGUGGGAAUCUAAACCAGCAUCGAUGGCUCUGUAAUCCUUAUCAAGCUCCAUACUUAUGACAAUGUUUCCUUGUUGGCUAUCUUCAUCGUACUUGAGCUUGAUUUGAGUCAUUCGACAUGUAAUAAAGAGAUAUAGUACAAGGGAAAAGAAAAGCAUGUAAUGUCCGCAAUUAAAUGUCAUCUUGCUGGACAUGUUCGUGGUGAGUUAUAUUUCAUUUCAAGAGAUUACAUAGUUCUUUUGAAGUAAUUCAUACACGUUUUUUUUUAAUUUUUUA